AUCCAUAAGUGAAUCCUGCAAUGGCAGUUCCUAGUGAUGCGGCCUAAGUUUCUAGGUAUGGUCACUGGUCAGUGUAGUAUUCAAGGGAAGCUGUUCGUAGCCGCUCGGCUAUUGAGUCGUCUCAAAAGCCAGAAAUCCCUAGUGCCGUAAUAUUUCUAUGACCCGCUCGGCUUUUGAGUCCGCUCAAAAGCCAGAACUCGUAGAGCCGUUGUAUUUCCGAAUGGGCCUCGCUUGCUCGUCUCCUUAUUUUAAUGCACCCGGCUCCUUUUCCGAGUGAUCAUUUUUUUUAUCUCUCUCGUUCUUUCUUCAACGGCCGCAAACGUGUCGGCACGGCGUAAGCUUUCUAGCUCGUGUAAGGGUCUUCCUGCCGUUACUCGCACGCAGAAAUUUCUGUUUCUUACGGUAUAUUGAAACUAGACGAAGUUAAUCAGCGAAAUAAUUAGGCGUAGCCAAUAAGCCGACUCGUCAGUCGUGGAAACGACGGGAAUUUCCGUCCUUAGCUCACACGCCAUGUCUUGGGCUGGAGGCACCGAUUCUCAGUCGCUCGCGUUUCUCUGCGCGAGCAUGAACGAUCCUAUGGCGGCUCUAACGGCUUUCGAUAAUCAGCAGAUGCAGCAGCAACAACAGCAGCAACAGCAGCAACGCCAGCAGCAGCAGCAGCAGCAGCAGCAGCAGCAGCAGCAGCAGCAGCAGCAGCAGCAGCAGCAGCAGCAGCGUGCGUCGUCCUUUGCGGGAGCAACCCGUCGCUCGCCGUCGGGGUCUCCCGUAGAAGCCCUUGCCACGUCAGCAGCACCUGAUAUACAUAAUACUUCAGCCUUAGGAGCUGCUGGUUCGGGCUCUCUGUCUGGGCAGCGUGCUGAUCUCCGCCGGACCAAUGGAUUAGGUCCGGUGCCGAACCUGGCUGCCGCAGGCUUGGGACUCGGUCCAUCGCUGAGCCCAGGCCUGAUGACCGGCGCAGGUGCACGUGUCAACGAUUUACUGGGUAUCCGCGACGCGAGUCUAGCUGCAGUGGUUGCUUCGGGGAAGAUUCCAGUCAGGAGCAGCGGGAGUCCCGUCGCGAGCACCACUGCUGCUGGCGCGGCGGCGGCGGCAGCGGCUACAGCCGCUGUUAGGGGCGCGCUUGUUAGUAGCGUGACUGCCCGUCGCAGCGGGCUCGUCGCAGGGGCAGGAGGAGGGGGAGGCGCAGAGGCACGGGGAGGGGGAGGCUUGUCGGGCGUGCGGGGAGGAGUGGGCGCAGUUGCGCAGAUGAGCGCGGACGGGGGGAGGUUCGAUGCGGAGAGGGCACAAGGCGCGGGGGGGCUGGGCGGAGGCGCGCAGCAGCAGGCGGAAUUUCUAAUGGGCGCGGGAGCGGCAGCGCAGCAGCGGGCGGAGUUUUUAAUGGGCGGGGGAGCGGCGGCGCAGCAGCAGGCGGGGUUCCUUCUGCUGCAGGAGCUGGCGGGACAGCAGGCGCUCCUGGGGGAAGCGCAAUUAUCGGGAGGGUUCCCCGGAGUCGACAUUUCCGCGUUUUACGGCGGCGGCGACAUGGGGCGCGCGUCGAUCGCGGAGAUGGAGGCCAAGGCGGUGGCGCAGUCGCGGUCGCACAGCGAGGCGGAGAGAAGGAGGCGGGAAAGGAUCAACCAGCACCUGGCAACGCUAAGGACCCUGCUGCCCAGCUCCAGCAAGACGGACAAGGCAACGCUACUAGGCGAGGUGGUAGACGUACUAAGAGGGCUGCACGCGGAAAAGGAGGCGGAGGGGGAGGGGGAGGGGCGGAUUGGGCCUAUGCCUCGAGAUGUAGAUGCCUUGGAGGUGGAAGAGGUAGUGGCCGUGGUGGGGGGGGAAGGGGGGAGGGAUGGCGGGGGGGCGGAAGGGGGGGAAGAGGCGGAAGGGAGUGGGGGAGGGGGUGGAGGAGGCCAAGGGGAAGGGCGGAGAAGGGGUGAGGAUGAGAGUGUGGGCAGAUGUGUGGGAGAGAGGGGAGGUGGGGAGGAGGGCGGGGUGAGGAAGCGGAGGAAGGGGGAGCAUGAGGGAGAUGUUGGGGGGAAGAAUGGGGGCAGCGGAGGAGGGGAGGGGGAAGGGAGGAGGGGAGGGGGGGAGGAGGAGUUGAUUCGGUUUGUGAUAUCGUGCGAGGACCACCCAGACUUGCUGGGAUCACUCAAGAAAGCAAUCGAUCUCCUGCGCCUGCACGUGCGGUCGUUGGAAACAGCCUCCUGCAGCAACCGCGUCACGCACCACAUGCUGCUAUCUCGAGACCCUCCCCCAACAGACGAGCCCCCACACUCCUCCCGCCCCUCCUCUCUCUCCCCACUCCCCUCCUCCUCCUCCCCUUCUCCCGCUGCUGGCAAUAGUCCGCUUAACUCGGGGGGUAUGGGGGGGUUGGAGGGGGGUGGGAGCAGCCGCAGCAGGGAGAGGGAGAGGGAGAAGAGUGGGGCAGACCGGAGGAAAAAGGGGAGGAAGGAGCCCUCAGUGGAAGUUAUUCGGGCAGCUUUGCGGGCAGCUGUGGAGAGAGCUCGGGCCUCGGCUGCUGUGACUGGUGCUGUGGCUGGUGCUGUGUGUGCUGUGGCUGGUGGUUUGCCUGGUGUGGGUGUUGGAGAGGGUGCACUAGAGCCCAGGAUCAUUUCGGCUGCUGCCCCCGCCACUGCUGCUGCUGCUGCUGCUGCUGCUGCCUCUGAUGCUCUUGCUGGUGAUUGCGCUGUCGCAAAUGGCAAUGCUGCUGCUGUUUCUGUUGCUGCUGCUGCUGCUGCUGCUUCUCCUGGUGGUGUUGCUGCUGCCAGUGGUGGCGACGAUGGUGGGGAUAUGGGUGAGGAUGGGCGGAUUCAGCUGUCAGGGGAAGGGCUGGAAGUAAGGGAAGGGUGCGAGCAAGAGACACAGCAGGGGCAGGAGGACAGGUGUGCUGACCAGGCGGGGCAUCCGCACCAAAUGCAGCAUCAGAUUCAGCACCGGAGAUUGGAGCAUCAGCAGCAGCAGGACGAGCAGGAGGGGCAGCAGGUGGAGCCUCAGGUGAAUUCGCUGAUUCAGCACCAGCAGCUGCAACUGCAGCAGAGGUUGCAGCAGCACCAGCAAAUGAUUCUGAGGAGGCACGAGCAGCAGGAGCAGCAGGAGCAGGAGCAACAGCCUUUGGACUCCCUGUGCAAUCCCUUCUGAUGUUAUUUGGGCUGGUAUCAUCAUCAUCACCUUGCUGUCUGCCUGCCACCUGGUGAAGCUGCUACAUGAGUUGCGGACACGGUCAUAGUACCUCUGCUCAACAACCCAUUUCCGAUCGAACCUGAUGCACCCAGGGUUCCCGUUAGCAGACGAAAUCCGUCUGUUCAUCUGAGAAUCAGACUCACAUUUUCCGUGUCAUCUGAUUUUUUGACAACCAUUAAUUUUCCAUCUGAACGACCAUCUUGGUUACCGUAAUCCCCCGUAUAUAACACCCGCCGAAAUAGUCACUCCGCGGGUGGUUUAUGCGGGGGAGAGCUUAUGAUAGGGUGAAUCUAGGAGAGCACCCGCUUUUCGGGGGUUGCAUUUUACAUAACACCCUCCUCGUUUUAUGCAGCAAAGAACAAUAUUUCGU